ACGAUGCAGUCACAAACAGAAGAACGGAGAACAGCAGAACACUAUAACAACUGUAGUGUGGAGUGAGGGGAGGUGCGUGAAGAUUUACGGUAGUGCGGUAUUGAUUUAUAUUAGAACGAUUUGCUGCGUGGGAUAGGUAUGAACAAUGGCAGAAAAGGGAGUUACAGAAUUACUUUAUUCUCCCCUUCCUGAGACACUUCAGGAACGAGUGUUUGGAGCAACACAGUCAGCUGUUGAUGGCGACUCAAAAGAGCAAGCAGUAAAAGCAUAUUUAUCAUCAGUAUUACCUGCUACUGACACAAAGCGGAUAAAUGGAGAACUGAAAAAGAGGUUGCUGUUAGCAAAACAUAGGUUGAAAGGUCAUAAGAGAUCACAGCGACAAAAGAAAUCUCAGCUGACCCUUAGUGAAAAGAGGGAACUUGGCUUGCACAAGUUGAAUAAAAGUGGCUUGAAAUAUAGUGACUUCUGUCCAUUACAUUCCUUAUGGAAACAAUAUUUCAGUUCCUAUAUAGAUAUAAGUUUUUUAAAAGAGUCUGGCUUUACUGCAGAACCAACAGACAAGCACUGGGAUCAUGUUUCAAGACUGCUCAUGAAAGCUGAUUAUCAUGGAUGUCUUUUGACAGUCACUCGUUCUCGAUGUCCAAGCCUUGUUGGCAAGCAGGGUCUGGUUGUGCUGGAGACAAAGAACACAUUCCAGCUUGUAACAGUUGAAAACAGACUAUUAAUUGUGCCAAAGAUGAACAGUAUAUUUACGUUCACUUUGUCAUCAUUUACUUUUACCAUAUAUGGGAAGCACUUUUGCAUCAGGCCUAGUGAACGAAGCGCAAAGAAAAUAAAAUCAUUCUUGUUGCCAGAUCUAUAGUUGGGUGCAAAACUCAUCACACUUCAGCCAUGCAUGAAUGGACGUGGAUGUGGGACACAGAGCUUGCAGCAAUUGAGGCCAGCAGAAUUACAAGAAGAAAGAUUGUUGCACAGACCAUCCACAUCUGUGAAAUUCAAAGAAGCUGGUGUUGAGGAUGUUGGAUCCAGAUGGCAUGGGCUAAGAAGCAUCCACCCAGCACGUCUUAUUUUCCCAGCAGAUGCAGGGCCACCUGUUAAAGCAGUCUUUUAUACACCUGCUCUGCUGCAAUUUCUGCACAGUCUUUUUUAUGUGGGCAUGAUCACCAACUAGCUGUCCACCCUAAUGAAUGGCCACUGCCAAACUGUGGCCAAGAACAGAAUUGACCCACCAGUGCCAUAACACACUGUUGAGUAGAACAGCCUCGUUUUCAAAGGCUUCACAACUGGUACUUUAGUCCGGAUUCUGCAUAAUAUAUCACCAAACUUAACAUGUGUGUACGGCAAAAAA